AUGUCUCAUGGUCAAAAGAAGCAGUAUUGCAACUUUCAGGGAGAAUCUCAGGCCCAAAAAGAAGAACAGGGCCAGAUGAAUUCUGAUCUCUCUGUGGCUGAGGGAGAGGAGUCCAAUAACAACAGCUCCUCCGAUUCCACUAGCCCAGCCCUCCCCAGGAAGAUGCCUGAUGGUGGGAUACCAGAUUCUCCCCAGAGUCCUCAGCGAGCCUUAUCUCCUCCCACUGUCAUGGCCUCCAUUCCAAUAUCCCCAUUUGAUGAGGCCUCUGGCAACCAAAGAGGGGAGCUGGUAUUGUACCAUGCACUGAGUGCAAAGGUGGCUGAUUUGGUGCAGUUCCUGCUCCUUAAGUAUAGAUUGAAGGAGCUGACCAACAAGGCAGAAAUUAUAGAAAAUAUUAUUGGGGACGAUGAGCAGCACUACAAUAGGAUAUUUAAUGAGGCCUCUGAGGGUUUGAAGCUUGUAUUUGGCAUUGAUGUGAUAGAAAUGGACCCUGUUAUCCACACCUAUGCCUUUGUCAUUGCCCUGGGAAUCACUUAUGAUGGGAUGCUUACUAAUGUCCAAGGCAUGCCCAAAACAGGCCUCCUAAUAACUGUCCUAGGUGUCAUCUGCAUGUAUGGAAAUCGGGUCGGUGAGAAUGUGAUCUGA